GACAAAACUAAGAAACGCGGAAGCUUAGCUAAAAGUUGCUCAAGGGAAGAUGUGAUUAAACAUAGGCAUUUUAUAUAUAUAUUAAUGUAAUACAUCAUGUUCGCUUAGCGGGGAGACUAAUGUGCGCACGGCGGGGGACUCGUGAUACUGUGGUUUUGUUUACAGGCCGCACAAUAACGUAGUGUUGCAAAGCCUAGCUUGGUUGAAACGCUGUCGCCGUACUGUUAUCCCUUAAACACGGGCUAAAAGUCGGUUAGUGUGGGCGGCCAAAGUGUACACCACUACGGGGGAGACGCGCUCCAUAUCGACGCGGAAGGUCACCGCUGAACUCCCCGGAUGAGCCAGCGCCGCGGAAGGCCUGGCCGCCCAGUGACCAAUCGCGCGGCUCGCGUGCUACCGUGGCUAACGGUUAGCGCGUCGGAACACAACGCUCCGCUUGCUCUUCGAUCCGAAGAGUGACCCCACGUCAAAGAAGAAUGUUCGGUUCCUCCAGAUCCGGAGGGGUCCGAGGAGGCCAGGACCAGUUCAACUGGGACGACGUGAAAGUAGACAAACACAGAGAAAACUAUCUCGGGAAUUCAUUGAUGGCACCAGUAGGACGAUGGCAAAAAGGCAAAGACCUGUCAUGGUAUUCUAAAGACAAAUCAGGCAGUGCGGCAUUGUCCAAACAGGAGGAGAUUGCUGCGGUCAAGGCUGCAGAGCAUGAGGCACUGAUGGCCGCCCUAGGGCACAAGAAUAUAAAAAGACAACCAACUGGCCUGACCAAAGAAGAUCUUGCAGAUGUUUGCAGGAGGGAAGAGGUUGAUGGUGAGGAGAGAGAUGUAGACCGUGUGUCAGGCUUGGGAAGCUCCAGUGCUGGGUCGAGGAAAUUGGUGCUGUCCCAAAAAGAAAAGGAGGCUGCUAAAAUGGGCUUACCCGUUUUUACGCACCACAAGACUGAGAAUCGCCCGGAAACCGCAACAGUGAGGACGUUGGAAAUUGUGGGAAAAGAAGAAAUUGAACAACGGCACGAGAGCAAGAAGAAAAAGAAAGAAAAAAAGAGCAAAAAGGAGAAAAAGAAGAAGGAAAAGAAGAAGAAAAGGCAAAGAAGAGACUCAUCCUCUUCGGAGUCAGAUGACAACAGAAAGAGGCACAGAAAGGACCACCAUCAUCAUAAUCCAUCAUACCAUAGUCAGAGUGGAGCCAGACCCCAUGACAGCCAUUCAAGGGGGGGAGCAAAAGCUGAGCGAGAGCCCUCCUACCCCUAUCAUCGACAGCAGCGGCAUGACACAGACUCCUCCGAUGGGGGGUCUCCUCCUGUGUCCCGUAACCCCGCCAGCCGCAAGAUGGCCCCUGCUGGUGCAACACAAAGCCACAGGCGGCGCCACGACACAGACUCGGACGACUAAUGUCCCUCCCCCCCAAUUCAAAGACGCAUAAUACGGACAGAGCGCCCUACAGCAGCCCCACUGCCCCUGAAGACCUCAUUUACCCUGGAAAACCAAACAGACUGUGGAUGGCGACAAGUUGACGGAUCAGACAAACAGGCUUUGGCCUUGUUUUAUCUUUUCAUCCAUUGAGUUGGUCAGUUGUUCAUAGAACACUAGUGUAUUUUAUUUCCAACACAUUCGAUGUGAUUUUAAAGGCAUUACUGUCUAUAUUGUCAUAGGUGGACUUUUUAAAUUUAAUUUCAUCAGAUAAAAUACCCUUGCAAGAAUAAAAUGUGAUUAGUAAAUGGAAUUAGCUUAUUCCUAAAUCUUGACCUGGUUGCUGUUGCUGCUUAGGAAAUCUUAGAAAUAUAUGUUUAAUCCAGAACAUUGUUGUCGACAUAUGAUUUUUUUUUUUUGUCUGGAAACAACUGGCGGACACUGGGCUUUUAUCGUAGCUUAAGUAAAAGAUUUCAAAAACUGA